CAAACAUCCGGCUGGCGCCUCGCUCGCCUGUGUCCCGGCCGGCCCUACGGAGGCGGUGCUCGCCGCACCGCGCAUGCACCGGGGCGGCCCCUUCGGAGCGCGCCUGGCGGGGCUGGGAGGUGGAGGACGCGCGGCGGGGCCCAUGGCGAGCGGGGUUAUUAAAUGCAAGGCCGCUGUUGCCUGGGAGGCAGGUAAACCUCUCUCUAUAGAAGAGGUGGAGGUUGCACCACCAAAAGUACAUGAAGUCCGUAUUAAGGUUGUUGCCACUGCUGUCUGUCACACGGAUGCCUAUACACUGAGUGGUGCUGAUCCUGAGGGGUGUUUUCCAGUGAUUUUGGGUCAUGAAGGAGCAGGAAUUGUGGAGAGUGUUGGAGAAGGAGUGACUAAGGUAAAACCAGGUGACACAGUCAUCCCACUGUACGUCCCACAAUGUGGAGAAUGCAAGUUCUGUUUGAACCCUAAAACCAAUCUCUGUCAAAAGAUAAGAGUUACCCAAGGAAAAGGACUAAUGCCAGAUGGUACCAGCAGGUUUACCUGCAAAGGGAAGCAGAUUUAUCACUUCAUGGGGACUAGCACGUUCUCUGAAUACACUGUUGUGGCGGAUAUCUCUUUGGCUAAAAUAGAUGCUGCGGCACCUCUGGAUAAAGUUUGUCUUUUGGGCUGUGGAAUUUCAACAGGCUAUGGAGCUGUCAUCAACACUGCCAAGGUGGAACCUGGUUCGACUUGUGCCAUCUUUGGUUUGGGAGGAGUUGGGCUGGCAGUUAUUAUGGGCUGUAAAGUGGCUGGAGCUUCCCGGAUCAUUGGAGUUGAUCUCAACAAAGAUAAAUUUGCCAAGGCUAAGGAGUUUGGAGCCACUGAGUGCAUCAACCCUCAGGACUUUAAGAAGCCCAUACAAGAGGUGCUGGUGGAGCUUACUGAGGGUGGUGUGGACUACUCUUUUGAGUGCAUUGGGAAUGUUGGUGUUAUGAGGGCUGCCUUGGAAGCCUGUCACAAAGGCUGGGGAGUCAGUGUGAUAGUUGGAGUAGCAGCUGCUGGUCAGGAGAUCGCUACCCGGCCCUUCCAACUAGUAACGGGUCGCACAUGGAAAGGGACUGCCUUUGGAGGUUGGAAGAGUGUAGAGAGUGUACCAAAGCUGGUGACUGAAUAUAUGUCAAAAAAGAUCAAGGUUGAUGAAUUCGUGACUCACACUCUCCCUUUUGACAGAAUUAAUGAGGCUUUUGAGUUGAUGCACGCAGGGAAGAGCAUUCGAAGUGUCCUGAAAUUUUAAGGAUCCCAAAGAUGGAUCCAGCCAGUCUUCGUGUUGUGCCAUGCCUGCUGGAUAAUGGAGCUUUUUGAAGAAGUGUAGGAUCAGCUGGAGAAAAAAAUUGUGUGAUGGGAAAACCAUCUGCUUUAGGAUCAUAGUCUCUAAUAAAAUAUGGUAACCUGA